AUGGACCAUAAUGCUAUUAAACGUAGACGUUAUUCUAAUAUGCUGGAAGAAAAAAAGGAUGAAUUGUUGAGGCGUAGACGAGAGGCAUACGCUCGAAAGAAAGCUACUACUGUCCAAUCUACUGAGACCUUUAGAUUACGAAUUUCUAAGAAUAAUCAGAAACCUUGUGGUUCUGCCUCUGGAUUAUCUCCAUCAGCAUUAGCUCCUAAUAGUUUAAUUGCUGAUUCAUCUGGUUGUGUGGAACAAUCAGCUAUCAGUAAUAGCGAAUUAGCUGAUAUGUUUGAUAGUAUGACACAACACCUCGAGGCAUCGUCAAGCGCCUUACCUUCGCCUGUUCUUUCGGCUGAUCAUCAUCCUGUACCUGCAGCAUUAGCUCCCAAUAGUUUAAUUGCUGAUUCAUCUGGUUGCUUGGAACGAUCAACUAUCAGUAAUAGUGAAUUAGCUGAUCUGUUUGAUAGUAUGUCACAACGCCUCGAGGCAUCGUCAAGCACCUUGUCUUCACCUGUUCUUUCAACUGAUCAUCAUCCUAUACCUGAAGUUCACAAUCAUUCCCUUGUAGAGGAAGGAACAUGUAUAAUCAAUGUUGAAUCAUCUUGUUUCUCCAAGGAUGGCUGUAAACAACAAAUUCUUGUUAAUACUCAGCUUCAGAAUACAGGAAAAAGAAAAAGCGCUAGAAAGGGCAGCUACCCUCGUCUGAACAACAUUCUGACUGAAUCAUCGAUACUGCCUGAUGCACUCAACUGUGAACACUGUGGUGCUAAGCGAUUCCAUUUAGAGCCACCGAGUUUUUGCUGUUCUGGAGGCGAGGUUUCUGUUGUUAUCCCUGUUAUGCCUUAUGAACUUUUUCGGCUCUAUUCUGGUACAGACGAGGAAUGCAUUAACUUUCGGAAGAAUGUUCGUACUUAUAACAACAAUCUUGCAUUUACAUCGUUUGGUGCAAAAUAUGAUAAGAAUUUGACCAAAAAUAGCCAGGGAGUUUACACUUUUCGGGUACAGGGGCAGUUGUAUUUCUAUGAUCAAAAGGAGGAGGUCUCAAAGAGACUUGGUAUUUCUCCUAGGUUGCGUGAGAGUACUCUUAAACUUUUGAUGGGUAUUCUUGACAAGAAUCCUUACACUAGGUUCUUUAAGAGUUUAAGAAACCUUCCUAAUCUAGACGAUCAUAACAUAUUUCUUAAUUCGAAUCCCGGGUUGGAUCAGCGUCUGUAUAACAUGCCAACCUCUUCAGAAGUUGCUGCUAUUUGGACUGAGACAGAUAAUGAAAGCCUUGACAAGAGUGCACAUACACAAGUGUAUACUCAUUCAAAUUCAAGUCAUAGGAUUCAACAUUAUUUUGCUGGCUAUGAUUCACUGCAAUAUCCACUGUUGUUCCCUCGAGAUGAAUCUGGCUGGCACUAUGGCAUUCCAAGAAACACCAUUCCUCAUAAAAGAAAAAGGAAGGAAUCUGAUGAUGAUGCUCUUCCUGAUGUUUCUCAAAUUAGAAGUGUUGCAGGUCUUAUUGACAUGGAAAAUGAAGUUGCUGAGGAAGGGAAAAACAAACAAGAAACUAUAUCUACUAGAGAAUACUAUUGCUAUAAAUUACAGAUUAGAGAUGACGAUAGAUCAAUGAUCUUGCACACGAGGCGAUUAUUGCAGCAAUUUGCAGUUGAUAUUUAUGUUAAGAUUGAGAUUUCUAGGCUUGAAUACCAUAGGAAAAAACAAACGGAAAUAAGAACUGAAAUUCUUAAAGGUGCAGUGGAUAGCAUCUCUACUGGGCAGGCUGAAGGUAGUAAGAUUGGUCGUCGGGUUUAUCUUCUGUCUUCUUUUAUUGGUGGUCCAAGGGACAUGAGACGAAGGUAUAUAGAUGCUAUGUCUUUGGUCCAGAGAUAUGAAUAUAAACCACUCAAUCUUGAGGCUUAUGACAUGAUAGUCUCUGCUGAAAUACCCGAUCCAGUUACACAGCGACAUUUGUAUUUUUUAGUUAUGAAACACAUGAUUCAUGGUCCUUGUGGAUCAUUAAAAAAAGAUAAUGUAUGCAUGAAAGAUGGUAUGUGUAAGAAUCACUAUCCAAAGGAUUUCAAUGACUACACUACUUAUGUAGAGGAUGGAUAUCCUCACUAUAGAAGAAAGAUGAACGGUCGGUCUGUUAAAGUGAGGAAUCAUUUGUUGGAUAAUAGAUGGGUGGUGCCAUACAAUCCGUACUUGCUUGCUUUAUUUGAUUGCCAUUUGAAUGUUGAGAUCUGCUCAACUGUCAAGUUAGUCAAAUAUCUCUACAAAUAUGUUUAUAAGGGUCAUGAUCGUGUCAGCUUUCAUAUCCAUUCAGAGAACAGCCAUGAAGAUGUUGAUGAGAUUUUAGACUUUCAGUCUGGUGGUUGGGUUGUUGCUGCAGAGGCUUUUUGGCGCAUUUUUCGCUUUAAAUUGAGUGAGAUGACGCCAAGUGUUUAUGCAUUACAGGUUCAUUUACCUGGAGAGCAAAUGAUUUCUUUCCAUAACAAAACUAAUCUUGCUGAUUUAGUGAAUGAUGUCGACUUCUCAAAAACAAUGUUGACUGAGUACUUUUAUGUGAACCGAACAAAUAAAGAAGUUCAGAAUCUAAAGUUCUUGUACAAGCAGUUUCCUAAGUUUUUUGUCUGGAAACCAGCUAAAAAACGUUGGUCUCGAAGAAAGCAGCGAAGAGUCAUUGGAAGAUUAGUAUCAGUUAGUCCUACAGAGGGAGAAAGAUAUUAUUUGAAACUGCUUUUAACUCACGUUCGUGCACCUACUUCCUUUGAUGAUUUGUUAACUGUUAAUGGAGUUCAUAUGAGUUCCUACAGAUCAGCUGCUUUUGAGAUGGGAUUACUUCAAUCUGAUACAUAUAUUGAAGAUACUCUUGAUGAAGUUGCUACUUUUCAGAUGCCUUCUUCAUUUAGAAGCUUAUUUGCUACAAUCCUAACUUUCUGUUCUCCAUCAAAUCCAAAAGGCCUGUGGGAAAAGUAUGAAAGUGAACUGUCAAGAGAUUUUCAAAGGAAUAGAUCAUUAACUGGUAACAAUUCUGAUUGCAUCAGAAUGCUUGCUCUUGAGGAGAUCAAUAAGUUACUAGAACAAAUAGGUAAGAAAGUAGAUGAUUUUCACUUGGUCUUUCAUCAUCUUCGAACUACAGCGGAUCAACAGAUUACAAAGGAAAUUGAGGCAGAGAGAAACAUUCAGUUUUCAGCAGAGGAUCUGCUCUUGCCUUCAAGGCUAAAUAUGGGACAGAAAUUUGCUUAUGAUACAAUUAUGAAACAGAUUUUUUCGACAGAGGGAAAAAGUUUUUUCAUUGACGGGUCUGGUGGGACCGGAAAAACAUUUCUUUAUCGUUCAAUUCUAGCCACAUUGCGCUCCCAAGGUUAUAUAGCCAUUGCUGUGGCGUCGUCUGGUGUUGCAGCCUCUAUUCUUCCUGGAGGAAGAACAGCGCAUUCACGCUUUAAAAUCCCACUUGAUAUGUCUGAAGUUAGACCAUGCCAAAUUAGCAAGCAAGGCUCUACUGCUAAAUUGAUUGUCCAGUCUAAACUCAUUCUGUGGGAUGAAGCCUCAAUGGUUAGACGAGAAACGAUUGAAGCAUUCGAUAUGCUUCUUAAAGAUAUUAUGGAAUGCAGUGAUCCUUUUGGAGGCAAAGUAGUAAUUUUUGGAGGAGAUUUUCGGCAAACCUUGCCUGUCAUUCAGAAUGCAACAAGAGAUGUUUUAGUACAAGCAAGCUUCGUUAAUUCGCCUUUGUGGAGCACUUUACAAAAAAUUACUUUAACAGAGAAUAUGAGAGCUGUUAUGGAUCCUCCAUUUUCUGAAUUCUUGCUCCAAAUUGGAGAAGGUCGUCAACCAGAAGAUGAAGAUGGGAAGAUAUCUUUAUGUAAAGAUAUGGUGAUUCAUUAUGAUGGCAAAGAUACUGCUCUUACCAGGUUAAUACAAACUGUAUUCAGUGACCUAAACGUGUAUUCCUUGGAUCCAUAUCAAAUGAUCAAUCAUUGUAUUCUAUCGGCAACAAAUAGUGCUGUUGAUGAUGUUAAUCAGACUAUCAUUGAUAGGUUUCCUGGAGAAGCGCAUGUUUAUACAAGUACUGACAGGACUCUUAACGAAAAGGAUCAAGGUAACUAUGAAGACUUGCUUAAUUCUCUCAACCCAAAGGGAUUGCCUCCUCAUAAGUUGAUUUUGAAGAAAAACUGUCCGCUAAUUCUUGUGAGGAACUUGAACCCAACAGAAGGUCUUUGUAAUGGUACCAGACUAAUAUGCAAGGAACUGCGACAGAAUACCAUUUGUGCUGAAAUAGCAGUAGGGCAGCACCGUGGGAAACAAGGACAGACUCUGGAUUAUGUUGGAAUAUACUUGCGCGAGCCCGUUUUCUCUCACGGGCAGUUAUAUGUUGCCCUUUCUGAGGCAAAAACUUCAGCUGCGGUCAAAGUGUUGAUAAUGCCAGCAACUUUUCAUGAAGUGGUUACUGAGUUCAGAACUAGAAAUAUUGUCUUUCAUGAAGUUCUUGAAUUAUCUAAGCAAAUGGUUAAUUUGCUAUGCAUUGAUGAUGUCAAGCCAAGAAUGAAGGGAUGGUCAGCCCAUGUAACUGUUGAGGAAAAGAUUCAUGUGGCUAUCUCCAAGCAUUCUUCCACCAGAUAUCAAAAAGUUGUGCUUGCUGAUUCAAAGGGAUCAAGAGUUGAGGGAAUAAUGUUCAAUAGUGCUGUGGAAAAGAUGGGACCAAAAUUUCAUGUUUUCAAAAAGUAUCUUAUAUCAAAUGCUGAUGUUAGAGAAAUUGAGGAAAAGUAUCAGACUAAUGGUCUUACAAUUCAAUGGGUGAUAAGCACACGAACUGUUGUUGAAGAAUUAGAUGAACAAGGAUGUGAUGUUUUACCGUCUCAAUACUGCAAGCUUUAA